CAUCAACUCCUCACCAGUGGAAGUGGAGGAUCGUGUUACGGCUCCGAUCAAUCUUCAAAUUAAAAGUCCUACACCGCGCAAAGUCUUUUGCGAAAACAGGACCAUGUGGAACAGCAGUGCUCCCCAAAACUUUUUUGCACCAGGGACCAGUUUCAUGCAAGACAAAUUUUCCGCCGACCAAGGAUAGGUGCCGUCAUAUUUUAAACUGGUAAAUACGGAUAAUAAAUGCGGAGAUGAUGAUGAUGAGGCCCAAAAUCAGCAUUUUCUUCUGUUGUCUAAACACCUGAACAUUGCACCAGUAUGAUGGUCCAGCUGAUCAUUAUAACCCCAUGUAGGGUGGGUCAGGAGGUGUGCCAUGUUGGCUCUUUUUGCACUGACAGUUAAAUGUUCACUACAGAAAGUGAACAAUUGUAUCACGUGAUUCUAACGUUUGCUCGUUGCCACGGAAACGCGUCGCCACAAGUAACGCAUGAAGCGCGAAUGGACGACUAUUUCACUCUGUAAUGGAUAAUUCAGAGAGUUUGGAAGUGAGGUGGGUGCAGGGCUUCACCAGCAGCCAAGUAGCAUUCUUGGAGGAAAAAACAGCUUGCUACCCCUGUGGAAAUUAUAUCACCUUCUUUAAUGUGGAGACACAAACAAGAAAAGUGCUUCAGAGCCCUGGUCAUGGCAUUGGGGUCUUCACAGCAAAUGGACUUCGUAGAACUCUUGCUUUUUCUGAGCAAAAACGUUCUCCAUCUAUUUUUGUGUACAGCUAUCCUGAACUUAGCCUGAUAUGUGAGCUUAAAGGCAUAGCUGAACUGUCUUACACAGCUCUUGCGCUGAGUGACACUGCUCCAUAUUUAGCCAGCUGCUCAUCUUUACCUGAUUACACAAUCACUGUAUGGAACUUGGAAAAGGGAAGUUCAAUUUGCAGCAAUCGACUGUCUGAAGAGGAUGUCACAAGCUUACAUUUCAAUCCAAUAAGCUGGCAACAAAUCUGUUGUCUAAAUCCGAAAUCUCUAACAGUAUGGAACAUUGAGAAAUUUAAUGACAUCCAUAUUAUGAAGCCCAGUGUUAUUGACCUUCCUGCCAUCGAUGGCUCUGCAGUUGAGCGGAUCAACAAUUCUUACAUCCCUACUGGAAAGCUAACAUACUCUGGCCCUCAGAUGCCCACAUCAACAAUUGCAGGCCUGAUUGGUGACAAAGCAGAUUAUGUUAUGCGUCUGAAGGAAGUGAAGCCUCAACUCUGCCCAAGUGCCAUCUGCUGGUCAGUUUCCUCAGAUCUGUAUGUUGGGACUAAAGAAGGUUUCCUGCUGCUAGUAAACACAGAAAGUCUCAUUGUCUGUAUCCUGUACAACCCUCAUGUUAAGCAAAGUACCCCAGAAUGCAGUAAAAGCCUGGUGAUUCAGGAAGGCAGCUUUCAGAGCUUGGCAUUAUGCAGUAAUGGAAUGUUGACUACAGGAUCUGAUGGUGUUUUGCAAAUCUUCCGAAUUAAAGGGAACAAAGUGGAAGUGGUGGAAAAUUUGGCUUUAGUGGAACCAGUGUCCAGUUUGUGUUUUUCACCUGACAAUGAAACUUUGCUGCUAACUUCAGACACUGGACGCAUUUACAAGUACAAUCCAGGACCUAAAAAUGAAGUAAUCAAAGUUCUGGAUGUGUUGUGUGGAAACUUCAUUGCUGCUGCUCAAUUAUACACUGAAGAUAACCUCUGUGUGUCAGUUAGAGAGUCUGGGGAGCUGCAGCUGUGGUCAAUGGAAGAUGGAGAUUGCAUUGCAUCCCUCUUUCUGCAGACAAAAGUGACCUGCUUGGCAUGUUGCCCAAAAGCACAAUAUGUUGCUGUGGGAGCAGUAACAGGCCAUGUCCUGUUUGUGGAUCUGACCAGAGCACAAGAACCUCGAUUGGUUCACACUGUCUAUCUGUACCAUGUACCUGUAGAGCAUUUAGUUUUCGACCAAGGGGCAAAUUUCCUGAUUACAGGAGCAUUCGAUUCACACAUAUUUUUUCUGGAUGCAAGACCAUCUAAAGCAUUUGAGAUUAUUGGAUACACUGAGGUUAUGGGUGCCACUGUGAGUCUGUCAACCCAGUACCAGCAAGAGAGUGAGAAGGUGGAUGUGCUGGUGCUCUGUAAUACUAAAAGGAAUAACAGUACAAAUACUGAACAAAAGGAAGGGAAUCUGUUGAUGCUGCUUUCAUUGUCUACACAGCAGAUCUUAGAUACUGCAAAUUGUGUGGAUCCCCUUGGCCUCGUGCGAGAACAAGCUAUCCAAACCAGUCUGUAUGAAAUCCCACACUCUUUUUCUUCAUGUGUUCUGGGUACCAAAACUAUCUUUGGUUAUUGUCACCAGAAGAAGGUUCUGCAGAAGUUCCAGCUACCACUGUGUGUGGAUAAAUUGUCCAGCAAUGGGAAAGUAGUUGAAUUGAGUCCAGAGAAAGAAGUAAAAGGUCAUUCUUUUGGGCCUGCGUUAUUGGAUCUCUCACCUAAUCAGAGCUGGCUGGCGUCUGUCGGCAGAGACGGGCUGCUUCACAUCCAUGACAUCAUCACUCUGGAGAUAUAUGUGCAGAAGCAACUUCACUCUUGGUGGUUGGCAGGAAUUCGCUCUGUGUCUUUCACCCCUGACAGUCACACUCUUAUCACUACUGGCCUCCGAGAUGGAUCUCUGGUCUGCAGUAGGCUCAGUUUAAAGAUAGCUGAAGCUACCCAAAGUGACCUGUCUGUGGGAAACAACUUUGAGGAUAAAAUAUCCCAAGAGAACCCCAUCCUCAGUGACAUGGCUGACUGGGUGAGCAACACGGAUCAAGUAACAAUUGACACGGACAAAAAAGAGAGUUAUGACAGUCUGCCUUCUACAACUCCAAGUAAUUCCACAUGGCUGGAUAAUAAACUAAACACAUUUCUCCAAGAAGAGAGCAAGCAGUUUACAGAAACCAGGAUGGGUCUUAAAAAGAGUGUAGAGGAACUUCGGGACACAAUCAAGGCUAUGAUGCAGGAGAAUGAGAAGCUGCCAGAAAUCGAGAAGCUGGAGCAGCUGGAAUUUAAUCUGGACAUGGAAGAGCAGCAAAGGCUGCAUCAUGAGGGAGAGCAGGAGGUCUCCAAGGUGAGAAAGGAGAUUGAGCUUGAGAACCUGGCAAGAUGUUAUCUGCAUGACAUUCUCAAGAAAAAGUACUGGGAUUCCAUGACAGUAAAAGAGAAGGCCAUUAAGGCUUUUAUCUCAGAGCAAGAAGUGGUUAACUUUCCCAUGAAGGAACGCACAGCAAAGGAACUAGAAGAGCUUAACAGUGUAGAGGCCAUCCGAAAAACUGACAGCAGUCAAGAUGUUUUGGAGAACAUUAAGGAAGUAACAGAGCAUAAUAAAGAUGAGGAGAAUAAAAAACAUAAGGAGGAGAGCUCAGCUUUAACAGGUAGUCUGAGUGCUCAGUAUGAAGUCUCCAACCCUCACUUAUAUAGCCAGUUCAGUCUGCAUACAAGGGACCUAAAGAUCAACCAGAUCAUCCUGCUAAAGGAUGUUAUCUACAAAAUCAAAACAGCUUUUAACGCAGAGUUUGAGUCUGUGUACAAGCAGAAGGAACAAGAGAUCAACCGCAUAAAAGACAAGAACAGGCGCAUUACAGAGAUUAUGGAAAAACUCGAGCUGCAGGAGAUACUGUGGGAGCCGAUUCUGACUGACAGCGAGAGACCAGAGAGAGCUCUCACUGUCAAUGACUCUGAGAUUGAGGUUGAGAAAUACCUAACACCUGAGCAGAAGCAGAGAGAGAAGGAACAAAGUAAAGAAGUGGAGCAAAAGCGUCAUGAAACAAAGGGAGACAAUAUUAGAGGACGAGCCUUGGAUGACAUGAUGGGUGGAGUUCUUGAGGUCAAAAAAGAGGACAUCCUGCGAACGGAAGUGACACCCCCCGAGUUUAUAGACAAGCCUGAGUUCGAGUGGACAGAGGAGGAAAGGAGAAUCUACAAAGAACAUGAAAAAAUUGUAAAGGAGCUCAAUGAAGAACAGGAGAAAUAUAAAAAGACCUUGGAAGCAGAGAUGAAGAAACUGCAGGCAUCCAUUAAAGAUGCCACCAAGGCCUUUGAUGAAACUCUGAGCAAGCUGUAUGAAAAGAAAGUGAAAUCAGAAAUGAUUUUAUAUCAGGAAGAGCUGAAGAUCACCAACCUUUACCUUACCUUACUAAUUGAGGAAGAGAUGCUGAACAGAGAGGAAGAGCUCAUCUAUAGCCUGGAGAAGGCACAAACUGUUAAGAAUCAAAUUGGAAAAUAUUUGAAAAAUUACAGAGAAGAUGUAGAGCCCUUUCGAGAGAUGUAUGACAAUACUAUUGCAGAAGAUAAGCUUCUUGACAGUGGAUUUCGUAAAGAGUUUUCUGAUGUCCCUGGACACAUUGUUGACCAGCUGUACAGGCUUUACAAGCGCAGACCCAGGAUCCAAAUUAUGAGGACACAGACAGACAAGAUAGGCUCUUUUAAGGAAUCUGCUGUGUUGAAUCGAGUGGCAGCAGGAGGGCUUUCACAAAUUAUGAAAGCCAUGGAGGAGUUAGAUGCAGCACAAAACAUGCCAGAGGGUCUGGACCCAGCUGUGUGGGUGAGAUUUUGUCUGGCCAGGAGGACGAAAGUGGAGAGUGAGCAGAAGGUAAAAAUGAAGGCACUGACAUUAGCAGAGAUGCAGACAUUUCUACAGAAAAGAACAGAUGAGGAUGAAAAUGCACAAAUGGAAAUCAUGAACCUUACUGAUAAUCUCAAUAGCCUGCGAAAGGAAAGGUCAAGGUUCUGCCUUGACGUUAUGGUGCAGAUCCUGUUAAAACAGGGCCAGGUAGAGGUGAAGACUGAAGACUUUACUACAGACUACUCAGACUCUUUGUUGCUCCAGCGCAGUGUUGUCGAGGAACUGAACAACAGCAUCAGGACUUUAGGAGUGCAGAAGCUUGCCAGCAUGAUGGAGUGCAAAGACUGUCAUAAAGGAAUUAUUCAGCAGGAAUGGGAGCAUAUGAGGAUGAGCAAGCAGAUUGAAGAUCUCAAGAGCAAAGCCAGAGACAUUCAGAUGCUGCAUGUGUCUCAGGAACUCCAAGAGUACCUGACAGAAACAGACCAUGAAAACAGGAUGACUAAGAAGGUAUCUGCUUUGGAGAAGACAUUAACAUUACAAGAGAAGAAUUUCAAGAAGAAUAUAAAAAGCUGCAGGAACCUGAUAAAGGAGUUGAACCGACAAGCUGAGGUGAAGAAAGAGAAUAAUGCAGCUUUAGAUGUGGAAUUGACCAACUUGCAAAUGACGGUUCAAGAGAUAAGAAACAUCUAUGAGACCUCAGUCAUGGAGAAGACUCAAGAGAGUGAAGCUAAGCAGCGAUAUCAAAACAUCCUGCGGAGGAAGAACCUAGCGGACUUGGCCAAAGCACAGGAAAUGGACAUAGCCGUACUGAACGCUAAGUUGGAAAGCAAGCGAAUGAAGACGUUUCCUGCUUUUCCUCAGUAGAAACGUAUCUAAUAACACAGCCUUUAAAUACAAUACAAUACUAAAUCCUGUUACACACUGUUCCCAAUCACAUUUAUAUCCAUAAGAGGAAAAGCACAUAAUAAUUUAAGCAUGAAAUGAGCAAAAUGUAUAACAAAGUGCAGAAAUGUCAAAUAAAUCUG